AUUGAUCAGUUACCAUAGCCUUGCGAUGGAAAUCUUGGCGUAAGUGAAAUUUUAGUACAUUGCAAAAAAAAACUUUAAUUAAUCAAUUUCUUUAUUUAUGUAAUAGUUUCUGCACGAGGAAUAUACUCUGUAAAGUAUUAAGUGACCCGGUGGAGUUCCAGAUUCCGAAACAGCGUAGCAAAGGAUACCAACACACGACACAGCCAACGUGAUAACGUACAGCAAAAUGAAGAAUAUACUGUGUUACCAACUUUAUAUGAUCUAUGUUUCAGUACUUCUGUUCAGUAAUAUACCUGUCGAAGGAUCAUAUAUUGACGAAUGUCUGAGAAAUCCGUGCCAGAAUGGAGCAACUUGUAUCAACGAACACGGGUACACGUGUACAUGUGCCGGCGGCUGGCAAGGAACAAAUUGCGACAUCGAUAUUGAUGAGUGCUUGAGCAAUCCGUGCCAGAAUGGAGCAACUUGUAACAACAAACAGAACGGGUUCACGUGUACAUGUGCCGGAGGUUGGCAAGGGACAAAUUGCGACAUCGAUAUUGAUGAAUGCUUGAGCAAUCCAUGCCAGAAUGGAGCAACCUGUGAUAACGAACAGAACUGUUACACGUGUACAUGUGCCGGAGGUUGGCAAGGAACAAAUUGCGACAUCGAUAUUAAUGAAUGCGCAAGUAAUCCCUGCAGGAAUGGUGGCACAUGUACAAAUGGCCAGAAUCGUUUCACGUGUACGUGUGCGGACGGAUGGACGGGCGUAGAUUGUAAAACAGAUAUUGAUGAAUGCUUGAGCAAUCCAUGCCAGAAUGGAGCAACUUGUAACAACGAACAGAACGGGUACACGUGUAGAUGUGCCGGAGGUUGGCAAGGGACAAAUUGCGACAUCGAUAUUGAUGAAUGCGCGAGCAACCCGUGCAUGAAUGGUGGCACAUGUUCAAAUAAUCAGAAUCAAUUCACGUGUGCGUGUAUGGCCGGGUGGACCGGGGAAAGGUGCACUACAGAUAUUGAUGAAUGCGCAAGUAAUCCCUGCAUGAAUGGUGGCACGUGUACAAAUGACCAGAAUCGUUUCACGUGUACGUGUGCGGCCGGAUGGACGGGCGAAAAUUGUAAUGCCUUAAGAAAAGAACCACCCAUACCAGAUAUAGACGAAUGCGCUGCUCGUAUCGAUAACUGCUCUUCAAAUGCUAGAUGUGACAAUACUGCUGGCAGUUUCACGUGUACCUGCGAUUGGGGAUACAAGGGCAAUGGAUAUUCAUGUGUUUCACAGUUGGAAUACCUAUGUAAUCCCGACGAUAGUAUUAAUGUGUUCAAUCUACCAGACGACAGUUACCUAUUUGCCAUGCAAGUCGUCACAAACGGAAAUGACAUACUAUGUACAGUGCAUGAAGAAAAUGCGACAACUGUGAAUUUAACAGGAUGUUCAAAGAAUGAAGAAAUCAUUAUAACGUACGGGCCAUACAGUGAAAUAGCUACAUAUAAACUACAUGGUGGUAAAACUGUGAUAGUAAAAUUCGUCUGUCUGGAGAUUGCCGAGCAAGGAGUUAUUCAUACAGUCAACAGUUCUUAUGCAGCACAGCUGACUAUAGACCAACAAAUUAGUAUUGACCCUUCAUACAGCGUGACGUCACAACUAAGUGCGACUUCAACUACUGUUGGAAGUGAAAUAAUUUGGACAAUACUCUUUCCAGAAAACUACAACUUAGAAGUGAGCAGCUGUACAGCGUAUCCGGGCAUCGAUGAUUCAUCCGAGAAUUAUGUCAAUUUGAUCUCUAAUGGCGGAUGUUCUGUCAUAGCGGAUAUUAUAAGUAACUUUAACAGUUAUAGUAAUGGAACUGCCACGGCCACAUUUCAAGCCUUCAAAUUUUACAACUAUGAGAGUGUAUUUUUGGAAUGCAGUGUGAAAAUAUGUCCAUCUGGAACAGCUUGUAUGACCUCGUGUAGCCGACAAAAGAGAGGGAUUCAAAAGAGAGCGUCUGGGCGACAACGAUCAAUGGUUCCCGCGACAAUAAGCAAUGUACUGUACGUAGCUGAUGCAUACUCUAGCGGGACCUUGCAAUGUAUCCUUGACUUCCCCACGACAGUCAUCUUUACUGUGAUAAUUGCCAUAACAAGGGCUGCACGAGGAUAAUUUAUAGGUAUAUACAGAGGCAAUAAAACCGAAGGAAAUUCAUAUACAAUGAACAAAGUCAAAUAUUAACUGUGUAAUUAAUAUGUAAACGUAGUUAUAUACUAGAAUAUAUUUAUGAUAUAAACAAACGGUAAUAACCUUAGAAAUUCUUUGUAGUAUUUUUAUAAAUGUUUAUGUAUUUAUUUGUUUAUUUAUUUUGUUUUGCUAAUUUACACAAUGUGCACUUUAACUGAGAAAUUGUUGCUGCAAGUUAGUGUUUCUUUAGAAAAACAAUAAAUAUUGAAAGAAGG